AUGCGUCGAGCCAAGCACCACUGCUGGAGCGAGGGCGUGCACGGAGGCUGCCCACCCAAAGCAGGUGCAGCCAAGCCAUCGUGCCUCGACAGUGACAUGAUGCCUGCAUCAAAACUGAGCAAGGAGCAGCUGAAGGAGAGGCUGGAUGCCCUUCAGUGUCACUUCACCUGGAAGCUGGGUGUUGAAUCGUGCAGUCCUCAGCAUCUCCUGCAGAAGUUGGAUGUUGAGAUCAAGCACACAGACCACCAGAACCAGGUGGCCCUCCUGGGGCUCCAGGCCUACCUGCACCAGCUGAACAACCAGAGCGAGGAGGCUCUGCAGAGCCUCAGAGCUGCUGAGGAGCACAACGAGAAGCACGUACCGACAUCUACUGCUGCCUCUUUGACCAUCUACGGGAACUACGCUUGGAUCCACUACCUUCAGGGCUCCUACCAGGAGGCUGAAACCUGCCUGGGACGAGCUCAGGAGCUCUGCCCAUCUCCCUGGGAUGCGCAGCUGAUCCCGCACAUCCAGGCCCAGAAAGGCUGGUCCCUCCUGGCUAUCAGAGCCCGAAACGGGGAGCGGGCAAGAGAGUGCUUCAACGUGGCCUUGAUGCUGGAACCAGAGAACAGAUCUUUCCGUACUGGGCUUGCAGUGGCUCUUUAUUUCUCCUGGAAUUCCUCCUGGCAACCUGAUAUUGAAAGAGAAGCCAGAAUCCAGUUGGAAAGAAUUGUCAAUGAGCAGCCAAAUAACUACAGAGCCAAAAUAUAUUUGGCCAGGCUACUUGAACGAGUAGAUGGGAAAAAGUCAAUUGGCUUGGUCAAAGAAAGUGCAGAGAAAAGCUCUGACCCCGAGGUCCUCAAACGAUCAGCUUUGUUCUGGAUGCCACGGUCGCCAGAGCGAGCGUUUGAGAUCAUCCAGCGAGCCCUGCAGCAGGACCCAGGCUACCACCUUCUCUACCAGGCCUUGGCCAAGUGCUACAAGCAACAGUGGGUCAAAGCAAAGGAGGAAGACAAGAAUAAGAUACGGUGUAAAGCCAUCAGGGACCUCCAGCAAAUUAUUCAGACACAUCCAGACCUUGACCUUACACUUGCCAAGCUGCAGCUGGCAGAGUUCAUUGGUGCAAGCGACCCAGCAAAGGAAAAAGAGAUCUACAUGGAGCUGCAGAAGAAAAUCAACACCCUGAGCCUCAGGUGCCAGCAAGCCUUGAGUCUCUCCUGGGGGAAGUACUUCCUCUACCGAGGGGGAUCCCAGGAGAGGGCAAAAGCCAAGUUCAUGGAAUGUUACAAGAUUCCCAUGCAGACAGACCACAGGAGGGACUGCAGGCGCAGGCUGCUAAAGAUGGCUGAGGCCUACAAGUGGAAGGGUGACACCAACGCUGCCAACGCCAUCCACCGCUUCCUCCAAGAGGCCGACCGGCUGCUGAGGGACCCUGCUGCGCUCGGUUUAGAUGAUGAGGAUCACCCCGGCCCACAGAGAACUGGGCAUGACUCCUCCCAAGGCUAGAAGGCCAAAAGGACUGCCUGGCUCUGCACAGCAGGCCCAUCCCUCACGUGGACAUGGUCCUCUCCUCUCGCCGUCCCAUUGCUCAGCCGUCAAAUGCAGGCCCACUCGUGGGUAACCAAGUGCCCAAACCUUACACACGCUGCUGUGUCCCGCUUCUCCCAGAGGGAAUGAAAACAAGAGGGAAGAAUUUGUCCGAUGGGGUCUCAGCACAAUCUUCUGCAGGUGUGGACCUGCAUCACUCCCUUGGAGCUGCCAUUGAUCAGAACCGAAUGCUGAUUAGGGCAAUGUGAGAAAUCAACUCGUUAAUUGUAAGAAUUCUACUGUUUGCAGCAAACCAGGAGGUGAAUUCCUCCACAAGAUCAGUGAGGAGCCAUGGUGAGGGUGAAUCCUUCUGUACAGGACACAGAUGGUCACUAGCCCGUCCAAAUGCAUUAAAUGCUGCUGAUUAAGGAGCCCACAGAGGUGAUUUUAUCUGCAUUAAUCCUCAGAAGCACACACAUUCCUGCCCCUGUCUGGACAUAAACCAGGAGUUUUUUGUACUGGUUCCCACCAGGAGUGAUAUUUUCAUCCCUGUUUCUGAAGCCAAACUGAGACUUUUAAAAAUCUUUGAUUAAUAAAUAUUUCUCUGCGUGAUUUCUCCUUGCUGGUGUCUUCUUGCAGCCUGAAGCAUCCAGAUCAUGGAAUGCCAAAGAUCCGCCCUCUCCUCACUCUCCUUCCCCCCAGGCCCUUCCCAUCUGGAAUUUGUGCCCUUACCUGCAGGCACAGGUGGGCACUCCCCAUGCCAGAGAUGUGCCCAAGCACUGCCAGGGUCACUUUUGUGCCCAGCAGUACCUGAGUGGGGGUGGCUUCCUCAGAUGUCCCCAAACCUACUGUCCCCACAAAGCAGUGCCACAGGGACCAGGGCAGAUGUCCCUCAGCAGUUCCCACGAGCAGGACCAUGUUUCUGCUCCAGUGAGGAACAGGCAAGGCCCUGGUCUGGGAGAAGAUGCUCCAAGAAAGGACCAAGUGUGCCCAGAACGAGAAUCAGGGUAAGGAGAACACACCCUCCAGAAACACCCCCUUGCUCAGGGGCCCCGGCAGUGGGUCAACACCAGCGUGCAAAGACUUCACCCCCCACACCUCACAAUCAGGGGAGAGAGAAACCUCCCAGGCCAGCACACCUACCCUGGCCUAUUUCACCUCCCAACACAACAGUG